AUGGCCCAGUUUGUGACCCACAUCCAGCCUACGCUGCUGGAGGCAUCGCAAGGUCAUGUCCCCCACCAUCAUGGACACCAAGUGGGAGUGCAGCACUCCUCCCAUUUGCCCCACAGUGGGCACAACAUGCCCUCGCCGCCCACUGCCCACAACCAUCAUCAUGGACACGGGCACGGGCAUAGUAGUGCUGCCCAUCAUUCGCAUCCUCACAAGCCAUCAAAGGAUACUCAUCAUACCUCAACUGGACACACCUCCAAGAAGGACCACCACAGUCCUCCAUCACAGGUAUCUUCGCCUCCGGCGGAGCAUCAUCCCGAUCAUGUCGGACACUAUGAGUACUUUCAGCACCAGCAUGAGGUGGCCUUCCACCACGAAGGAGGAGCCAACAACAAGCACCACCACCAGCAGCAGCAGCAGCAACCACACCAUCACCACUCCACCAACAAGCACGAGCACUGCCCCACAGGACACCAGAGUGCGGUGAGUCCUGCCUAG